CCGUGGCCACAAACCACCACUCCCCGCACCCGCAAAGAAGAUUUCCCGAUGGCCUCCUCGUCGAUCCUUCAGCAGCUCCUACUUCAGGCUCCCCCCCAGCGGCGCACCUUCUGGCGGCGGCGCUGGGUAAACCUCCCCCCAACGGCAGCGACGACGAUGUCGGAGGCCUCGGCGGCGGAGGAGGCGGUUGGUGAGGAGAGGUUGGAUCCGCGAGUAGAGAAGCGGGAAGGAGGGUACUGGGUGCUGAAGGAGAAGUACCGGACCGGGAUAAACCCGCAGGAGAAGGUGAAGUUGGAGAAGGAGCCGAUGAGUCUGGUGAUGGAGGACGGGAUUCUGGAACUGUCAGCGAAGAGCAUGGAGGAGAUCGACGCAUCCAAGAUUUUCAAGAACGACAUCGACGUCCGCCUCAAGUGGCUCGGCCUCUUCCACCGCCGCAAGCAUCAAUAUGGGCGAUUCAUGAUGCGGCUGAAGUUGCCCAACGGUGUGACGACCAGCGAGCAGACGCGGUACCUGGCCAGCGUCGUGGCCAACUACGGCGAGCAGGGAUGCGUUGACAUCACAACCCGCCAGAAUUGGCAGAUCCGCGGCGUCGUCCUCCCCGACGUGCCCACCAUUCUGCAAGGCCUCGCCGCUGUCGGCCUCACCAGCCUCCAAAGCGGCAUGGACAACGUCCGCAAUCCCGUCGGCAACCCCCUCGCCGGCAUCGAUCCUCUGGAGAUCGUUGACACCCGCCCCUACACCCAGCUUCUCACUGAACUCGUCACCGACAACUCCCGGGGCAACCCCGCCUUCACCAACCUGCCAAGGAAAUGGAAUGUGUGCGUGGUGGGAUCUCAUGACCUCUUUGAGCAUCCUCACAUCAAUGACCUCGCCUACAUGCCCGCCGUCAAGGAUGGAAAACUCGGCUUCAAUCUCCUUGUUGGUGGAUUCUUUAGCCCUAAGAGAUGCGCUGAGGCCAUCCCUCUUGAUGCUUGGGUCCCCUCCGACGAUGUCGUCCCACUGUGCAAAGCCAUUCUCGAGGCUUACCGCGACCUCGGUAGCAGAGGCAACCGACAGAAGACCCGAAUGAUGUGGCUCAUCGAUGAACUCGGCAUGGAAGUAUUCAGAUCAGAGGUGGAGAAAAGGAUGCCAGAGAAGAAGUUGGGCAGAGCAGUCGAAGAGGAAUUGGUGCAAAAGCCAUGGGAAAGAAGGAGCUUACUCGGCGUCCACCCCCAGAAGCAAGUUGGUCUCUCCUUCGUUGGCCUACAUGUGCCGGUGGGGCGGCUCCAGGCCAACGAGAUGCUCGAGCUUGCCCGCCUCGCCGACGAGUAUGGCUCUGGCGAGCUCCGACUCACCGUCGAGCAGAACAUCAUCAUCCCCAACGUCAAGAACUCGCGACUGGAUGCGCUACUCUCAGAACCGCUCCUGAAGGAGAGGUUCUCCCCGCAACCGUCACUGCUGAUGCGAAACCUGGUGGCGUGCACGGGAAAUCAGUUCUGUGGGCAGGCUAUCAUCGAGACGAAGGCACGAGCACUGAAGGUGACAGAGGAGGUGGAGAGGCGGGUGGCGCUGCAGAUGCCAGUGAGGAUGCACUGGACCGGGUGCCCCAACACCUGCGGGCAGGUGCAGGUGGCUGACAUCGGAUUCAUGGGGUGCAUGGCGAGGGACAAAGAGGGCAAAGCGUGCGAAGGCGUCGACAUCUACUUGGGUGGGAGAAUUGGGAGCGAUUCACACCUCGGGGAGCUGUACAAGAAGGCGGUGCCCUGCAAGGACUUGGCACCGGUUGUGGUUGACAUUCUCGUUGAUAAAUUUGGGGCGGUGCUUCGAGUUGGAGAGGAAGACGAUGAAGAAGAAGGAGAGCUUGGAGGAAACUAGAAAGAAGGAAUAUUGAUUUUGGGGGUCUUUAACCAAGUGUAGCUUGGCCUGAACGGUUUUAGAUGGCAAGAUGGUUGGUUAUAGAAAAAAGGUAAUUAAAUUCCUCCCGAGUUUAAUUCACUGAAAUAAUCUCUUGGUAUU